GUUGCGCGGGUGUUCUCUCUCUAGCUCUCGCGCGCCAGCACGCUCUCGGUGGUUCUUCAGAAGUGCGCAGAAUACAGUACUGCAACGCAAAGUGUGGCUGCUUCAAUGGGAAUUAAUUUGCUGUACGUAAAGUAGCAAGGAAUUCAUAUAGGUUAAAUUUAGUUUUAUGUUAUUGCUAGCUUUUUUCCGUAUUAUUGCUGUCUCGCGACGGUGAUGAGGCAGUUGACUUGCAGCUCACACGAGACGAGUCGUGAGGCGCGCUGACACCCAUUCAUUGUGACAAGUCACAAGCGCGUUGCAACGGAUCCCGUGCAGGCAAAGAGGUGCUACCAGCUCUUGAGUGAGAGACGGUCAGUGCUCCUGCAGUGUGCUGGUGAUGGCCCGCCCUCCACCAACUCCUCUUUUUGUCCUGCGGGGGUCUGGGGCUCCCAUCAACACUCUGCACUUUAGCUGCCAAGAACCGAGCUCUGCUCUCCUCUUCUCAGGUUCAGGCAAAGGGGCCAUACAUGUGUGGAACUUGCAUACAAGACGGGCUGAGAGAGUUCUGGAAGGGCAUGGAGGGUCCUCCAUCGUCUGGGUGAACACCAUUGGUUCUAAAGAGACCCUCAUCAGCCAGGCCCGGGACAAGAGGUUGUGCACCUGGAACCUGAGCGAGGGCCGAAGUGAUGUGACACAGUCCAUUUUCACAGGCAGUGUGGGCUUCUGCCAGGGGUCUGUGAUGGAAAUGCACCCCCAACGCUGGUUGCUGGCGUACCCAGCAGAGGACAUGGAGGAGGUAAAGCUGGUGGAGCUGCCCAGUGGAGUGCCCGUGUGCUCCCUGAAGCCGGACGCCAAGCUGGGGAUGCUGAUGUGUGUCAAGCUGUGGCAGCCCGAUGGUGGGUGUGGCCCGAUGCUGCUAGCUGGCUAUGAGGAUGGCUCGCUGGCCCUCUGGGAUGUCGCCCAGAGACAGAUACUCAGCCGCCUGACCACGCAUCCCGAGCCCCUCCUGUGCUUGGAUUUCGACCCCGUGGGUUUGCGGGGUGUCUCAGGCUCUGCGGAGAGAGCCGUCAGCUCCUGGGUGCUUGAUGGACAGCAGAACCUUCAGCUACGUGACACUGUGGAGCUGGUCAACCCAGGGAUUUCUCAGCUGCGCCUGCGGAUGGACCGCCGGAUCCUGGCAUCGGCAGGCUGGGAUCACCGAAUCCGCCUCUUCAGCUGGAAGAAGCUUAAGCCCCUGGCUGUGCUUCAGUACCACACAGACACGGCACUCUGCGUUACUUUCUCAGACCACAAGGACUCCCGCUUGGGACUCAUGGCAGCCGGAUCCAAGGACCAGCGGAUAAGCAUCUGGUCUGUGUACAAUGACAGCUAGUGGGACCUGGAUCUACUUCUGUGACCUUGUUCACUCCCAUCACAAUAGAACUUUAUACAGCCUAAAGGGCAGAGCUGCUUUCCUGUGUUUUUGUCACAACUCCUCGUAAGGUUGCAGUCGUGGAUCAUCUGACUAGACUUUCGGUGGUAUUUUUAGGGAAUGCUGGGCCUUUGCUGUCAUUGGCUUACAGAGAUUUUCCUUCUAAAAUGUGAACUGUUCAUUCGUAUUUUGUCGUCUUCCUAGUCAAAUAUUUAUGUAGUAGGUGAGCACUAGCACUUGCAUUCAAAGUGCUUGACUUUCUAAGCUCUGGCUAGCGGCCUUUUUCUUAGCUUUGUUGAUAUGUGAAUUUGCUGCAGUUUGUGCAAAACCAAGACGGAACAUGUUGGAGCGGGGUCUCUUUGCUCAAGUCAAACAAAAGCAGCAGAUGGCCAUCAAGAUACUAGUUGUGGGUCUUUCUGGUUUCAAACCACCAUAUUGGAUACCCUGUCUUACAGUUGGUGGAAUUUUAACCCAUUAUUCUUUUGAGUGUAAAGAACAGCUAUUUCCCUUUUUUCUGCUAAGAAGCUUGUUUCAGUAAACUUGAAUUCAAAGUACUUUUCAUUCUUGAGCAGCUAUCUCAUCCAUGCUUUUU